AAUUCAGCAGUGCCAAGCGAGCGUCACGCCGGCCGGAAGCACUGCUCAAGGGCGCACAGGGGCGCCCCCUUGCGGGGCGGCCGAGCCGUCCUCGCCCGAGGACCAAGGGCUUCCGCGCGCGCGGGUUCUGGCCAGAGGUGGAAGGCUCCCAGGAGGGCCGCGCAAUUGCGCGGGGCGAGCGGGCGUUUCCCGGAGGUCGCUGCAGGAGAGUCCCUCUCAGGUCCUACCUGCAGAGGCUCCUCCUUGCCCUUGCCCACCAGGGGCUCCUGAAGGUGAGAAGCCAUUCAGGGCGACGGCUGUCUCCAGCUCCCACGAAUAUUCUGGGGACCAGAGUGGACGCAGCUUCCUUCUCCUGGACAAGAAAACAAUCAUUCCAAAAAACUUCAGAAAGGCCACCUACAAUUAGUAAGAAAUGUUAAGAUUGCCCAAAAAAGGAUUACCUAGACUUGAUCAAACUCAAGAUGAAGAAACCUACCUGGAAAACUUAGCAGUACAGAGAAAUGCUUCUGCUUUUUUUGAAAAAUAUGAUCGGAGUGAAGUACAAGAGUUGCUAACUACUGCCCUAGUCAGCUGGUUGUCUGCCAAAGAUGACAUCUGCUCUCAAAUGGACCUCCCAUGUGGAAUUAUGACUCAAAUGAAUAAUGUAGGUUUCUCCACUGCCAUCCUGCUGACUCCUGUGGACCCUACUGCCCUCUUAGACUAUAGAGAAGUCCAUCAAAUCAUAAGGGAGUUGGCUGUUGGAAUUUAUUGCUUAAAUCAAAUUCCCUCAAUCAGUUUAGAAGCUAACUAUGAUCAGAGUUCUUCUUGUCAAUUACCACCAGCUUAUUAUGAUACCAGAAUUGGGCAAAUUCUGAUCAAUAUUGACUACAUGCUGAAAGCACUGUGGCAUGGAAUAUACAUGCCCAAAGAAAAACGCACCAGAUUCUCUGAAUUGUGGCGUACUAUCAUGGACAUUGAUCCAGAUGGGAAGCCUCAAACACAUAAAGAUAUUUUUGCAGAGUUUAGUUCUGCAGGUCUGAUUGAUAUCACGAAGGAUCCAGACUUUAAUGGAAUCUAUGAUGAAGACAUGAAUGAAGAUCCAACAUAUAACCCCAAUGGCCCUGAAGAAAAAGCUGUUUUUAUGAAAUAUGCUGAAAACACUAUGCUAAAAUUAACAUUCAGUACCACACAAGUUCAACAGUAUGAAAAUGUUUUUAUAUUUGAAACAGCCUAUUGGCUUACAAAUGCUAUAAAAUGUAAUCAAGAUCAUCUUGAUAUUUGUACCUACCAGAAACUACAGCAAAGAUUAUAUCUUCAGAAAAAGAUUAUUCAAAAACACUUUGAGAAGAAAAAAGAAAUCAGAAGAGGGAUAGGAUACCUAAAGUUAAUAUGUUUUCUGACUCCCUUUCUACUGAGUUUAAAAAAGAAGAUGAAAGUUCCAUAUUUAAGUAGUCUGCUUCCACCUUUUUCAGAUGACAAGGUCAAGACAGAGCGAGAAUUGCCUCCAUUUAUUUAUGGACGAGAUUUUAAAUGCCAGCAUUUUCACUACAAAGAGGAUCAAUAUUUUCAUGUUCAUGGAGGAAUUGAAUUUGAUAUCAGCACACCUUCAAUUGAGAAUGCUUUGGAAGAUUUUAAGAACAAUUUGGAAAAAAUACGGGAUUGUGCUGCUGAUGCAUUUGCAGAAGAUUCAGGAUACAAAGAACAUUACUCAAUACCAGUCAUGGAACUUAAUGGAAAAAGCUACUAUGUGAUCUGUUUUGAACUUGAAACUUACUAUCAUCAACUAUAUAAGACAAAGUGGUGGGGAGCCAUAAAUGAAGUCGUGAACAAUCUGAAACCAAAAAGACUUCCACUAACAGAUGCCCAAUUACAUGAACAAUUUAAGAAAAAAUUUGGUUUCAAAAAAGCUAUGAAAUGCAAGAGCAUCCCAUUUGGUAUGAAGUCUGCUGUUGAAAGAGGAUUAUCUGCUGUUUUCCAUACAUUUAGCCGUAAAACCUCAAGCUCAACCAUCAAUGUUUCAGAUGAAGCAGGUUAUACUAUUUUCCAUCAUGCCGCUCUACACAACAGAGUUGCUAUUAUAUGUCAACUGUGCAAUGCUAACUUCAAUGUCAACCAGAGACGCUUUAUUAUGUUUAGCCAAGAGUCAUCAAAAAUGGACAUGAGAAAAGAAAGAAAUGGCCCAACACCUCUACAUCUGGCUGCACAGGCUUGCUCCUUGGAAACAACCAUCUGUCUACUCUGUUUCAAAGCUGAUUACACACUUUCUGAAAAAAGAGGCUGGAUGCCAAUUCACUUUGCUGCUUUCUAUGACAAUAUUGGUAUCAUCAUUGCUCUCUGUAGGAAGGAUCCUAGUUUGCUGGAAGCAGAGGCAACAGCUGAGAAUCAGUGUACCCCCCUGCUGCUUGCUGCCACCUCAGGAGCACUGGACACUAUUCAGUACCUAUUUUCUCUUGGUGCUAACUGGAGAAAAACAGAUAUUAAAGGAAAUAAUAUAAUUCACUUAUCAGUGCUAACCUUUCACACAGAGGUUCUCAAGCAUAUAAUAGAGUUAAAUAUUCCUGAACUCCCCGUUUGGAAAACUUUAGUAGAAAUGUUGCAGUGUGAAAGCUAUAAACGAAGGAUGAUGGCCGUGAUGUCUUUGGAAGUUAUUUGCUUAGCAAAUGAUGGAUACUGGAAAUAUAUUUUGGAUGCAGGUACCAUUCCUGCCUUAAUUAAUCUAUUAAAGGGUUCCAAAAUAAAAUUACAGUGCAAAGCAGUUGGGUUAUUGAGUAAUAUCUCGACCCAUGCAAGGAUAGUGCAUGCUAUAGUAGAUGCAGGAGGCAUUCCAGCUCUGAUCAACCUACUGGCUUCUGAUGAGCCUGAACUACAUUCUCGCUGUGCUGUCAUUUUAUAUGACAUUGCUCAACUUGAAAACAAGGAUGUUAUUGCCAAAUAUAAUGGAAUCCCAGCUUUGAUAAGUCUUUUGAAAUUAGACAUAGAAAAUGUGCUCAUAAAUGUAAUGAACUGUAUACGGGUGUUAUGUAUAAGAAAUGAACAAAAUCAAAGAGCAGUGAGAGACCAUAAAGGCAUCCAACAUCUUAUCACAUUUCUGAGUUCUGAUUCAGAUGUGUUGAAGGCUGUAUCUUCUGCUACAAUCGCUGAGGUGGCACGUGCCAAUAGGGAUGUUCAGGAUGCUAUUGCCAUGGAAGGAGCCAUUCCUCCUCUGGUGGCUCUUUUUAAAGGGAAACAACUGAGUGUCCAAGUGAAGGGUGCAAUGGCUGUGGAAUCACUGGCUAGUUACAACCCAUGUAUACAGAGAGCAUUUCUGGAAAAAUCCUUAAGUAAAUACCUUUUAAAACUCCUCAAGGCGUUUCAAACAGAUGUUAAGGAACAAGGAGCUGUAGCCCUCUGGGCCUUGGCAGGACAAACCCUGAAACAACGGAAGUAUAUGGCAGAACAAAUUGGAUACAACUUUAUAAUAAACAUGCUUUUGUCACCAUCAGCUAAAAUGCAGUAUGUUGGAGGUGAAGCAGUCAUAGCUCUAAGUAAGGACAGCAGGAUGCAUCAAAAUCAAAUAUGUGAAGGGAAUGGAAUUGCACCGUUGGUUCGCUUACUGAGGAUUAGUAAAAUAGCUGAAGUCACACUUCUGAGUGUCAUCAGAGCGGUGGGGUCCAUUUGUAUUGGUGUCGCCCAUACAAGUAAUCCUAUCAGUCAACAAUUCAUUGUAGAGGAAAAUGCCUUUCCAGUACUUAUUCACCUACUAAGAAAUCACCCUUCUCCUAACAUUAAGGUUGAAGUGGCAUUUUCCUUGGCAUGCAUUGUCCUAAGGAAUGAUCUGUUACAGAAUGAAUUACAAGAAAAUGAAGGAUUUAAGUAUGCCGAUGUCCUUUAUCUUCUUCACUCACCAGAUAAGGAUAUUUGUUUAAGGGCAGGCUAUGCAUUAACCCUUUUUGCCUUCAAUAAUCGCCUUCAACAAUACUUAAUUUUGGAAAGUGGAAUAAUGACCAUAUCAAUCUUUGAGCCUUUUCUUGAAUCAACAAUUGAAACUGAGAAGGCAAUGGCAGCAUUUCAGAUUAUUAUCUUAGCGAAAGUCAUUAUAGAUGUGGACCAUAUUACUUUGUCUGCAAGAGGUGUUACUAUUUUAGUUGAUAGUCUGUAUUCAGUUCAUUCCACUACUAUUGUCUUGACAGGGAAUUUAAUAGCUAGCCUGGCUCAUUCUAGAGCUGGUAUCCCGGAAGCAUUUACCACGUUAGGGACAAUCCAACGGCUCUGCUAUCAUUUGUAUUCUGGAAACGAAGAGGUUCGCACAGCUUGCUCCUGUGCUCUUGGCUACUUAACUUACAAUGCAAAUGCUUUCCGCAUUCUAUUAAAGGAAUGCAGAAAUAAGCCUAACCAGUUCCUUCGUAUAACAAAUAAUAUCAACAGAGAUGCAAGUAUUAACCCAGCAUUUUUAAAGGAAUUUCAAAUGCAGCAACGAGUGGGACUUCCUUCCUUAAGUCUAGAGAAAAAUGGAGGACCAUCCGUAAUUCCUGUCUUUAAAAAAGGGAAAGAGCACCGAAGAAAAUUAAAACCUAAAAUUCAACCAAGAGAUUCUUUGACUUUAAUACCUCCUGCAACUAACUUCAUGGGACUCUUCAAAACAACAAAACAAACCCCUGUUUCUCACAAUAUUUUUUCCUUUUCAUCUGCAAUUUCAUCAGAUAUCAUAGAAGUAUCAAGACCAAGAAUAGUGUUUUUGAGCCAACUUGGGAAACAUGUACAGAAAGCUAACCCAGAGCCUGCAGAAGGCUAAUAAAAGCAUUAAUAUGAAAUUAUAAAAGAAUUCCCAAGCACCCUUUUUAAAUUCUUUACUUUUUUUAAAAGAAUUCUUAAGUAAUCUCUAUAUUCAAUGUGGGCCUCCAACUCACAACCCUAAGAUCAAGAGUCACAUGCUCUACAGACUGAGCCAGCCAGGCACCCCCAAAUUUUUUUACUUUUAAUUUUAAUCUAAUUCUAGUAAAAUACAUAUAACUGACUAUAAACAUUUGAAUGGAAGUUCUUGAUAUUGAUACUUAACAGAUUUUCUCUAGCCUGUCUACUGAAGUUUAACAUCAGGUCAGAGUCAUAGUUUCAAAAAGUAAAUAGAAUUUUCUUGCAUUUAACACUAUUAAAAUAUAGCAACUGAAAAAGUGGCAUAAUUAGCAUAUUUAUAUCAAGUGUUAGAAACAUUUUUAAAUUGGUAUGCUGGGCUAAAGAGGCCUGAUUCAAAAUAGCCCAUAUGUUAACACUCAACUGUAGUAUCUUUAGAUAUUUAAUGAUAAAUACUACAAAUGCACGAGGCUUUUAAAACCCAAAAUGUAGAAAUGUAUACUUUUAAAAGACUUAAAAAAAUCUGAAAUCACUGCCCACCAAGUACAAAAGUAUGGCUAAAAACUGUGGCUACCAGUGUUGACCAUUUUCCAUACUUACAAGUAUUUUUGGUUUACAGCUGGAAAGUGUGACACUCCGUGGCUUAGAAUCACAUGAUGUCUUUGCCCAAGGAGUACUGUUUCCAGUAGGUACAAGUUUUGAUGUAGGUCGGCCUCUAUUUUACAGCAGCAGGUAGAUUUGAUACAAAGUCAAGCUGGGCUUCACUGUAUCCUUUAAAGCCCUCAUUUUUCUCUGACCACUUUGCUCUGGGCUACACUGAACAUACAUAUUAACUAGCAGUUAUUUUCUCCAACAUGCUUUAACACAAACAAUAAUGAUGGUGGUGAUGGCAGGUACAGGUACUUAGGGCUUUCCAUGCACCAGAGGCUAAAGCCUAGGAUUUUUGCCAUUGGACAAUAAGCGACCUCUCCAAUCUUCAAAUUUAAUUCUAAUUCUGGUGGAUGCCCUAAUAUAGGAACUAUGGGGGGAAAUGGCUUAUUCUAUACUACAAAGGGAAAAAUAAUUCAAAUGAUAAGAAACUGAGUCAUUUAUUCAGCACCGUUAAGGAUAAGAAUUCAUAUUGAUGGAAGUAUUAAGCCUCUGCAGAUGUAAAACAAAACAAAACAAAACCCUCUAGACGACGAACUUUGAGCUUUGGAACUGGCCUCUGGUGACGUUCAGGGGAUUCUUUGUAUCCAAUAAUAUAAGACACUUCCUGCGCUUCUUGGCCUACCAAGGCCAUCCUACUAGUCCUAAAACUUACAGUAUUUUUCCUGAAGUACAGCUCCUCCAGUAAAGAUUAUUUUUAUCACCCUGCAUUUUUUUCUUUUUUAAAAUUAUAUAUGAGAAAGGCCUCAAGAUAGAGCGGAUUUCAGCAAAUUGCCUGCCUUUUACCGGCACAAUUAGCUAACUCGGGUACAUAUGCUUGCCCAUACAGCAUUCAGUUUUCUCCCUCCCUUGUCCUUUCCCUCCCUCUCUUCCUUCCCUUCCCUCCUUCCUUAUGGCCAAGCGCUAAAGGCCUACAGAUAUGGAAUGCUUCCCCAAAAUGCUCAUUUUCUUUAUCUGUAGUUUCUCUUAUUUAUAUCAUGAACUCAAUUUUGACAGUGUGCUUGUAACACCUGUAGCAAUUUUGAUACUUAAAAAUUUUAAGAACAUAGAUUGUAGAUAUCCCCAUUUUGUAAUACUGCGAUAGGGGGAAGAAAUUUUGGUCCAUUUCCUUCCAUAGUUUGUAUGCACUCUGAUUGUGAGAGCCACAGGAAAUACUUAUAUUACUUCUCUGUGAAUUCAAGUUCACAUGAUACAGAACACAAAUUUAAAUGAAAAGUGUGAAUUCACAAACUAAGUUUCUUCUAAAUAUUUACAACCAAUUCUAUCAUAGCUAUACUCAACAGCAAAGAAUAUAGUUUGUUUUUUUAAUAAAUAUUGGCUGUUUCUAUAUGUUCCCUCAUAAAUUAUAUUUUCUAUUUCCAAAUGGAUGAUCAUAAAGCAAUACUCUAUG